AUGGCUGAGACCUCAUUGUCAUUGAACGAAUUAGAAACGAGUGCUACAGGAUGUGUGGGGGAAGCUUGUCACAGAACACCUUCUGUAGGAUCCGAAAGCGCAAUUAUAAUCGGAGUUCUUAUACCUGCGGUUAUAAUUAUGAUUGGUCUUGGCGUUGUGCUUGUGAUAGUGUGGAGAAGGAGUAGGGCGGAAGCGUUGGAGGAUGAUGAUCCUAUGUUCUAUGGAGAGACCGAGUAUUUGCCAGAUGCAGAAACUAUUGAUUUAUAUUCCUCAGAUGGAUAUGACGGAACUAGAAACAAGCAUCGGUUUAGCGAGGUGUCUUACAAGCCACCGGAAUUUGCGGGCUUGCGUACUCAAGGAGCUCGGGCCAGCGCACGCAGUUCGCAGAUUGAUGGGUUUAUACUUCCUGACGAUAUGAUGGACACAGAUACCUUGCGGAAUUUUGUUAGGGCGGUUGAAGGUACAGAGUAUGAUGGAUACAAGGUUGCAGAGAACUCCUCUAGGUCGACCUUACCAAAACAGGUGGCAUCAGCUCGCUCAUCAAAGUAUCAACCAAGAUCAAGCCAGUCAUCGUUAGUUCCAGGCAGGAGGCAUGAUUUAAGAAGAGUACGCACAAGGUCAACAGGAGAUAGAAUGUCCCAAGUGUUUUCGAGAAGCUAUCCUGGCGACAUGAUGAUGCACAGCUAUUCUGUGUACAAUACUCCCAAUCAAUACAACCCUAAUAUGAUGCGCCGUAACCGGAACAAUAAUUAUGGGAGAAUAUCAAUGCACGAAAAUGUACGAAAUUGCUCGACGGGCGUUAAUAGUAGACCGUCAAGCUAUAUGCAUCAGGGCUUUUCUGCUAGCGAAUCUAUUCAUAGAAAAACGGCGGCAGAUAACCCUCAAUAUGCGUACUCGCAGGAAGACUUGGCAAUGCAUCGAUAUACGUUAUACAAUUAUAUUGAUGUGGACGAUAUUCCAAGUUUUAGUUCCACUUUUAGGGAGUACCCUCCAACCCCGCAGCAGAUUUCAAAGUCUGUAUCCGUGCUGCCAGUGCUGGAUAACAGCAAUUGUCACAAUAAGGAAAAGCCAACACCCAAAAAGCCUCAGAAAGAGGAAGAGGAAAACGAAGAAGUGGCAAGGGGAGAUACAGGAUAUGCGACAAGUUUCCUUGACGAAAAAGGGGAUGGAAUUGAUAGAAUAAAGAGCAUUUACCAAAUAUAUUUUGACUCGCAAACCACUACAAAUCUGCCGAAAGGUAACGACGAGUCAGACGACAUCGCAAAGCUCCAGCGCGGCCAACGGGCACCUGAAAAAACACCAAAAGUGCCCGAAAAGGCGCUCGUGAGAAAUUCUGGUACGAAUCAUAAUACUGGUAAGUUACAGAAGAAUGAUUCGGCUUUAAAUCAACAAAGUUCCUCUGCAAAAUUACCAAGUAAUAUUACACAGUACCUACCAGAUUCGGCCGUCGCAGCUAGCGUGAGCAGCAGUGUAUAUUCACCAGUAAAGUCGCCCAGUUAUGUUCUUUCAACUGAUAAUAUCCACAGUGCACAAGUAAACCAUUACCCAAAUAGUUAUCCGACACAGCAAAGCAUAAUGAGCAGAUCAUGCAACCAGCUCGACAAUCCAGAGUUAUACCAAUACACACCUAAUUCGAGCUACAACAGCUUCACAGAGCCUCCUACCGCAAAGUUUCCAGGAGGAGCUAAGCUGCCUCACCACCUGAGAAAUUCAAUUUCUAUGAUGCAUCCAAUGACGCUGGGACAAAAAAUAAAUUAUAAACCAGCAGGUUCCAUUAGACAACUGUAUGAAGUUUUCGGUGGACCGAAUCAACAUGGAUAUCCCGUCCCGAGACUCAGCUCUCUGCUUGAUUACAAUAACUCUGAUCAAGCGCGGAGCCUAACUGUACUUCCCACUGGGAGGUCCCAAGACAACUUACGGAAACAAUUGGAAUAG